CGGCCUUGCCAGAUCGGCGAAAAUGCAAAGCAACACCGAUUGGCAGGGAGAAACAUUUUAGCGCGUUGCGACGGACCUGUGAAAAAGCAAUCGUAAUACGCGUGGUAGCAACUCCAUUCGAAAUUAAGUGGCUCUAGCGAACCCAGGGGAUCCGGAAUAAGCCAUGUCGCAUCACUACGUGGUGACGGCGCAAAAGCCGACGGCGGUUGUUGCCUGUUUGACGGGCAACUUCACCUCGCCCACGGACCUCAAUCUGAUCAUUGCCCGCAACAACCAGGUGGAAAUCGAUCUGGUCACGCCGGAGGGACUGCGUCCGCUGAAGGAGAUCAACAUCAAUGGCACCAUUGCCGUGAUGCGGCACUUCCGGCCGCCUGACAGCAACAAGGACCUGCUCUUCAUCCUUACGCGUCGCUACAACGUCAUGAUCCUGGAGGCGCGCAUGGUCAACGACGUCAUCACGGUGGUCACCAAGGCCAACGGCAAUGUGUCGGACUCGGUGGGGAUUCCCUCGGAGGGGGGCGUCAUCGCCGCCAUCGAUCCCAAGGCAAGGGUCAUCGGGAUGUGCCUCUAUCAGGGUCUGUUCACCAUCAUACCGAUGGACAAGGAUGCCAGCGAGCUGAAGGCCACCAAUUUGCGCAUGGAUGAGCUGAAUGUGUACGAUGUGGAGUUCCUGCACGGCUGCCUCAAUCCCACCGUCAUAGUCAUCCACAAGGACAAUGAUGGCAGGCACGUGAAGUCGCACGAGAUUAACCUCCGGGAGAAGGAGUUCAUGAAAAUCGCCUGGAAGCAGGACAACGUGGAGACGGAGGCCACCAUGCUGAUCCCCGUGCCAUCGCCCAUCGGUGGAGUGAUCGUGAUCGGGCGGGAAUCGAUUGUCUAUCACGACGGGAGCAACUAUCAUGCGGUGGCGCCGCUCACCUUCCGCCAGAGCACCAUCAACUGCUAUGCCCGUGUGAGUAGCAAUGGUUUGCGCUACCUGCUGGGCAAUAUGGAUGGCCAGCUGUACAUGCUGUUCCUGGGCACCUCGGAAACGAGCAAGGGCGUGACUGUCAAGGACAUCAAGGUGGAGCAGCUGGGCGAGAUCUCUAUACCGGAGUGCAUUACUUACCUGGACAACGGGUUCCUCUAUAUCGGAGCGCGUCACGGGGACUCGCAGUUGGUGCGCCUCAAUUCGGAGGCCAUCGAUGGCUCCUAUGUCGUGCCUGUGGAAAACUUCACCAAUUUGGCUCCGAUUCUGGACAUUGCUGUGGUGGAUCUGGAUCGUCAGGGACAGGGCCAGAUCAUCACGUGCUCGGGCAGCUUCAAGGAUGGAUCUCUGCGCAUUAUUCGCAUAGGAAUUGGAAUCCAGGAGCAUGCCUGCAUCGAUCUCCCGGGCAUCAAAGGCAUGUGGUCUUUGAAAGUGGGAGUCGACGACAGUCCGUACGAGAAUACUCUGGUGCUGGCUUUUGUGGGACACACUCGGAUUCUCACCCUCUCCGGCGAAGAGGUGGAAGAGACCGAGAUUCCCGGAUUCGCCAGCGAUCUGCAGACCUUCCUAUGCUCGAAUGUGGAUUUUGAACAGUUGAUUCAAGUUACUUCGGAUAGUGUUCGCUUGGUAAACUGUGCCACCAAGGCCCUGGUGGACGAGUGGCGUCCAAAGGGCGAUCGUGCCAUCGGCGUUGUGUCCUGCAACACUACUCAGAUCGUAGUGGCCUCUGCUUGCGACAUAUUUUACAUUGUUAUCGAAGAUGGAGGCCUAAAGGAGAAGUGCCGCAGGACAUUGGCUUAUGAGGUGGCCUGCUUGGACAUCACUCCCUUGGAUGAGACGCAAAACAAGUCGGAUUUGGUGGCUGUGGGCCUAUGGACGGAUAUAUCUGCUGUAAUUCUGUCUCUGCCCGAACUCGAGACCAUCUACACCGAGAAACUAAGCGGAGAAAUCAUUCCCCGCUCCAUUCUGAUGACCACCUUUGAGGGCAUCCAUUAUCUGCUGUGUGCCUUGGGUGAUGGCUCUAUGUAUUACUUUAUUAUGGACCAGAAAACUGGCCAGCUGACGGAUAAGAAAAAGGUCACCCUUGGCACGCAACCGACCACGCUGCGCACCUUCCGGUCCCUAUCCACCACGAAUGUCUUUGCCUGCUCCGAUCGUCCGACGGUUAUUUACUCGUCGAACCAUAAGUUGGUGUUCUCUAAUGUGAAUCUGAAGGAGGUGAACCACAUGUGCUCGCUGAAUGCGCAGGCCUAUCCGGAUAGUUUGGCGCUGGCUAACAAGAACGCUGUUAUUCUGGGCACCAUCGAUGAGAUCCAGAAGCUGCAUAUUCGAACAGUGCCGCUGGGCGAGGGACCACGUCGAAUUGCCUACCAGGAAGCAUCGCAGACAUUUGCCGUGUCCACCCUUCGUAUUGAUGUCCAUGGCAGAGGUGGUGCAAAGCCACUGCGCAACAGUGCCUCCACACAGGCGCAGAACAUAACUUGUAGUUCGAAUAUCCUGCCCAAGCCGGGUGGCGGAAAUUCCACGGCUGCCAAUGCAGAAGUGGGUCAGGAGAUCGAUGUGCACAACUUGCUGGUCAUCGAUCAAAACACGUUCGAGGUUCUGCAUGCCCACCAAUUCGUGUCCCCCGAAACUAUAUCCUCGCUGAUGUCCGCCAAGCUGGGCGAUGAUCCCAACACGUAUUACGUGGUGGCCACAUCGCUGGUGAUACCAGAGGAACCGGAGCCGAAGGUGGGCAGAAUAAUCAUCUUCCACUACCACGACAACAAGCUCACCCAAGUGGCUGAGACGAAGGUGGAUGGCACUUGCUAUGCCCUGGUUGAAUUCAAUGGCAAAGUUCUGGCUGGAAUCGGCAGCUUUGUGCGUCUGUACGAGUGGACCAACGAGAAGGAGCUGCGCAUGGAGUGCAACAUUCAAAACAUGAUUGCCGCCUUGUAUCUGAAGGCCAAGGGUGACUUCAUCUUGGUUGGGGAUCUGAUGCGAUCCAUCACGCUGCUGCAGCACAAGCAGAUGGAGGGCAUCUUUGUGGAGAUCGCUCGCGAUUGUGAACCCAAGUGGAUGCGAGCCGUUGAGAUUCUCGACGACGACACGUUCCUGGGUUCCGAGACAAAUGGGAAUCUGUUCGUGUGCCAAAAGGACAGUGCCGCCACCACCGACGAGGAGCGUCAAUUGCUGCCGGAGCUGGCCCGCUUCCACUUGGGUGAUACCGUGAACGUUUUCCGUCACGGAUCUCUGGUGAUGCAGAACGUGGGCGAGCGGACCACGCCAAUCAAUGGAUGUGUGCUGUACGGAACGUGCAACGGCGCCAUUGGCAUUGUGACCCAGAUUCCGCAGGACUUCUACGACUUCCUGCACGGCCUGGAGGAGCGGCUGAAGAAGAUCAUCAAGUCGGUGGGAAAAAUCGAGCAUACGUACUACCGCAAUUUCCAAAUCAACACCAAAGUGGAGCCCAGCGAGGGAUUCAUCGAUGGGGAUCUGAUCGAGAGCUUUUUGGACUUGAGUCGAGACAAGAUGCGCGAUGCUGUUCAAGGCUUGGAGCUGACUCUCAAUGGCGAACGGAAGGGUGCUGAUGUGGAAGAUGUCAUCAAGAUAGUCGAGGACCUCACGCGCAUGCAUUGAGACCUUUGGGUCGUUUGUAUAUAAGUAUUGGAAAAGGCACUGUCCCGAACUAUUUUAAUGUACAUGAAACUUUGAUACCAUGUAUCCCGCUUAUCCACGUAAAUACCCGAAGAAACUCUCCGUGCUAGAUGCGCUACGACUGUCGUUCACACGAUGUUUCUCGAGUUCCUCGUUUGUGUUUGCUCGUAAAAAUAUUGACAAUGUAGCAAAAAAAUUGUUUUAAGUGCGCCACACGCGCACUUUCAAAGUUGCGCCACAGUCACGCAUUAAUUUAAUAAAAAAUUUUAAAUCGGAA